AUGAUCCAUGCUCAAUCGAGUAUGAAUGUAACAACAGUAGUAUUGGACAGUUUCAUCUAUCCAUCAAACGAGUGUUUGAAUUUGGCACCUAUUAAUCAAUUUUAUUAUCCAUUUCUGUACACCUAUGACACUAAAUAUUAUGAUUUUUGUAAAAUCAAUGAUCGACAAUCAUUACCUCCUGAAAUUUACAAAAAUGGAAUUGCUCUCUUUGAUGACACUGUUGGGAAUUCAACCAUGUCCUCAUCAUGUGUAAAUAUUCUAUGUUCUACUGAGAGAAGAUGGGACUUGACAAAUCAAACUCAAUUAGCUUCAUUAGGAGUUUUAUUUAAUUAUUGCUUGCAUUGUAAUAAUACUAAUUCUCACACAUUCCGAGAAGUGCUGAGAAACAACUCUUGUCCUUCAUUCUCAACAGUGGCUCAAAAUCCAAGUGCACAAGCCACUGAUUUUGUGACCAAGUUUACUGCCAUUUCACAACAUCAUUGCAAUCAUGGCACAACAAGGGCUCAUUUGGGAUUGUUUGAUUACAAUAUUUUGACUUCUCAGUACUUUAGAAAAACCUUUACUGAUUAUUCCACUCAAAAGUUGAAUCAAACCAUUGUUUCUGGAGAUAGUGCUCUGAGAUCAGUGUCAUUGUCGACUCUUUUCAAUUUUUAUUUCAAUGAUUUAUUUGCUGCCAUGGAUUCCAAUCAAUUACCAUCGGCUCCAUUGAAUAUUCCAAUCAGUUGUUGGUGCAAUUAUGAAUCUGAGAAUGGAAAAUCAUUUGGAUUUCAAUGUCAUGAUUUUUAUCAAAGUUGGCAAAUCAUCUUUGCCUAUAGAAUCUCAACAGUCCUAUAUGCCAUUCUGUAUGCAUUAGUGACCGUGUUUUUAGCCUUCUUUAUUGUCAUUCCUCGAUUUGUAGAGCGAAUUGUAACUUUUAAGAAACGAAGUGAAAUUGGUUUAGAGACAUCCAAGUUCAAAAAGUUUCUCUAUUUCGUGCGACAUUAUUUUGACAUUGUCACACAACCUCCAAUCUUGCUAACCAUUGCCACUAUCACUGGAUUCUUAGAAAAUGUCUUAAGAUUUGCUUUCAACAUUACAGCAUUCAUGCCAGUUUACAAAGCAUACUUUCCAGGAAUAUUUAGAGGACUGGCAGCUAUUUUCAUGAUUUGUGGAUAUUCAAGUUUAGUGAUUUGUUGGAGUCAUGUCAUUGAUUUGGCCAACCGAAAAGCAGAACCCAAUCGAAGAGGUCUCUCCAAACUCAAUAUGAUCAUUCUUUCCAUUUUCUAUUCAUGUGUCAUUGUAGUUGGAGUGAUUUCUGUCAUUAUAUUCCUUGCUGUGAAAAAUUAUGCCACUGCUUGGAUUCUUCUCAGUUUUGCAGUCCUUAUUUAUUUAUUCACCUUUGUUAUUGGAUUUACCUUUUAUGGUGUGAAAAUUCUAUUUGCCUUGAGAGCCACUGCACAAGAGAAGAAAAACUUUAUGGAAUAUCGAUUCACAAAAUUCAUUUUAGCUGUGACAGGACUCUUCUUUAUUGGAUGGCUUAUUUCACUUGGAAUGUUAGUGACUUACAUUUUUGGAUAUGAUGUAUUGAGCGUGUUUUUUGGACUGGCAAGAAAUCAAUUCAUGGAUGCUGGUUUGACCGCUGUUACAGCACUUUCCUCUUACAUUACAUUUAAUGAUACAUGUUUUGAAAUGACCUAUGGCAAGACAUUGACGAAAUAUGUGAAUAUGAUUUUCACUUGUAAAAGUCCAUCGAAUAAGGUAGAGCCAGAAGAGAAGGCAUAG